AUGGAGGACGAGGACUUUGGCUUCACCCGGAGGAACGAUACUGUCCUAAAAAAUGUUAAACAUUUCGAGAGGAAAGAGGAUAAUGCUCCGGCUAGUAAGGCGGGAAAGGUCGUUGGUGGGUCUGGAUCGUUGAUGACAGCGCCGUUAUCCGGGGCGACCGAGGCCGGAAACGCCGUCCCUGAGCGGGCAGCGACCGCCUCUUCGUCCUCUCCGGCUUCCUCAGUCGUUUCCAACCCGCCGAACAUACCGAACGUGGUCGAGUAUCACCUGAAAGUGAAGCCUGGACAAACGCAGAGAGUCUGCCGGUUAGAUAACAGUCCAAAAAGUCACAGCACGGACGAGAUGAAGAAAGAGAAGAGUCCCGUGUCCACCGUCGACAAAAAGAAAGACCUAGUGUCCAGGCUAUAUCGUCUAUCCAUCGACAAUAACGUGUUCGAGGGCUCGACCGAUCUGCCUCAGGUGUUUCAGGUGAAAUAUUUGGGCUCCCAUGAUGCGAGGGGCCUCUGGGGCAUCAAACACACGAGAAGGCCCGUCGAUAAUAUGGUGGCUGCGGCGAAGGCUUUGCCGACCAAUACCAUGCUACCUCUGAUCAAACUGGUCGUCUCGCAGGAAGGCGUAGCUCUGCUGCCUCUCGAGAAAAGGAAACAGGACCCGAAUUUCGCCAGGAUGUACGGUAUCGAGACCAUUUCGUACGGUGUUCAGGAUCUGGUUUACACCAGGGUGUUCUCGAUGAUCGUCGUCAGGGAGACCGAGAACUUUCGUAGGGUCUCGCCUUUCGAGUGCCACGGUUUCGUUUGCGAGUCGAAGCACCACGCGAGACAGUUGACCUACGCCUUGGCAACGGCCUUCGAGAUCUACUCGAGGACCGUUAAAGCACAGGAUAAGAUGGCGGAAAUGUCGGGCAAUAACGCGAAGAAACGGUUCGCGAUCGAUCUAAGAAGUCCCGAGGAAAUGGAAGCCGAUCUGGCCAUGGAUUCCGAAGCCUAAACUUCUCACGGUCUCGUUCCGAUUGGACUUCACUGAUUUCAGUUUUCCGUCGACUCUCUCGAUCGAU